GACGGACGGAGUCUCCUUGGAUAAAAAAAAGAAGACAUGGAAGGAGAUCACCGACGAAUACAACUGCCGGCCCGAUGUUCGAUUUCGAACUGAGGCUCAACUUCGAAAAUGCUGGGACAAUUUAAAAGAAAAGUGGAGAAAAGGAAAGGCCGACGACAUGAAGGAAGUGUUUACGACAGGAGGCGGCUGUGCGCCAGCUAGCCAGCUUACGGACGAGUUGGAGCGAGUUGGGGCUGUCGUGUCGCACAUGUCGACGCGGGUGGAGAACCCCUUUGACAGCGACCGUGGGCGCCACGCAGCCACUCCCCGAUCACAGAGCACCCCGAGUGUCGUCUCGUUGCUGCAGCCGAUGCAGGUGGAGACGCUUGAACCGCCAAAUGAUAGUAUCUAUGAGUGGGAAAUCCCGGCAAGUCCCGGCGAAAGCAGCCAGGCAGUGUGCAUGCAAGAUGCACAAAAUGGAGCAACCGCAGCUGAGGUCGAGCUGUCGGCAGAAGGGGGACCAGCUGCCUUGCAACCUGCUGUCCUGCAACUGGCUUCCCCAUUACAGGCUGCCCCGUUGCAGACUACCCCUCAACACCCCGCUCCGGCACAACGCAGAAUGCACACAAAGAAAGAAGCUGUUGAGGAAGAGCUCAGCGCCCGCCUUAGCGGUGUUGAAGAGGACAAUAAGCGAAAGAGAAAGGAGCACCUUCUCAAAAUGAAGCUUAUGAGAACUCAGCAUGCGCUUCACAUGAAGCAUGCAAUAGAAAUGCACGAACUUGAUUGUGCAAGUAAGAAGGCUAAACUUGAGCUUCUCACGUUGAAAAUAGCUGCCGUGAGAAAAGCCAGUAAGUAA